AUGAUCGCAGAGAUUUUACUUAUCCUCGCCGGCCAUUCGUCGUCCCUAUUCCCAACGGAUUACACUUUGAACAAGGACAUCAUUCCCCUCCUACACCCCGGAGAAAGACAAUGUCUUGAAUCCCUAGGCCUUAUUGCGCACAGAUACCGGAAAGUUAGGUCGGCGUGCACGAGGCUGUCCCAAUCAUCGUCCCGGUACAUCUGCGCCCUCUGCGCCUCUUUGUCGCAGAUCCUGAAGGAGGAGUAUGACGCAUUGGUGGUAGAGACAGAGGCCAAGGUUCUCAAACGCGAUGCCCUCCUUGUAGCAAGCGGCGCAUUCGUACCUCUGUCCUCCGUGCGUGCCAUCUUUUCCGAAUGGGAUGCCCCAUUAGCCGCGCUCUCGACACUCAUGGACGACCUGCAAUCAGGGACCGAGUGGAAAGCUGGCCCCCUCAUAGAUAUGUUGCUGUCGAGAUCAAAGACGGGAGUGCAUCGCGUCGCGGAUAUCCUAUCGCGCCUUUCUGUCGCUGUGCAAUGCGUAUGGCGCUCACAUUUGACUGCUCUCCUUGUCCACGGCUCCCUCUCGGAUAUCGACCCCCUUGCCAAUGCAGACUACUCCCUCAUCGAUACUUCUAUCCCUUCAUGCAUCACGCCAGCCUCUCGAGAAUCCAUUGCAUACGUUGGUCGAGCGAUUGGGACCGUCAAGGCGGUCAAAUGGCAGAAACAAUUGCCACGAGAGCUUGCGAUGGAACAUACCAAGAUGCUGCAAAGCGUCCUCCCGGAAGACCAGCACGCGUUUGAUCGUGUCAUAUCGCAAAUCAGGACCGAUGUAGGGGAAUGGCUUUGGCACAAUGUCCUUACUAGAAAGGAUAUAGACAUUGCAGUGGACUCGCUCGGGGACUACUUCCUGCUUAGAAAUGGAGAGUUUAGCCUCUCAUUAAUCCGCGAAAUUGAACGAUUGAAAAUCUCGCGUCUGACCAACCGCUCAGCUGCUGCCUCGAUGAUCCGGGAGCAGGACCUGAACCUUGCCUUGCUACGGGCAUCUCUUGGAACCACCGCACAGCACGACCCCGCCCUAACGAAACUGCGAUUCCAUCUUCCAUCUGGUCCUCUACGGCCACUUUUACCCUCGUUGGCAAAUGUAGGCAAAUCCUUCACAGGUUCGACUUCAAUGAAUCAUUCGGGUCCAUUCGACGCGUCUAUAUUCAAUUCACAUCUUCUCGGAACGCCGAUGUCUCUUUUGUACAGCAUCGAAUGGCCACUGGACCUUUUCAUCAGCAAGGUGGAGAUGACAGCUUAUGGGGCCGUCUUUUCCUUCUUAUCUUCGAUGCGAAAAACUCACAUUCGAGUUCAUGACUGCUGGACAUCGCUGUCCAAUGCCCAACGUGCGAGGCGGAAAUGGACCGGCCUCGACGAGGGUGGAACUGAAGAAGAUCUGAACAUGCGGAAGAAAUUACUCCGGCGUAGUUGGGGGAUUGUUAGAGACAUGGGGUGGUUCCUUGACACAUUACUCGGAUAUGUCAUGAUGGACGUGGUCGACCUGGAGUUUCGAAAGCUGAAGGAAAUCUUAUCAAAGGAGGGUGUAUCUGUUGAACCGACAGGUCGAACCGAUCCAGCAACCCAGAAGUCAAGCUAUCUUGAUUUCACCUCCAUUCGAACAAUCCAUUCAGGAUAUCUGGACCGAGUAUUGAAUGGAUGCCUCCUGACCAAUCCAUCGCUCACCUCUCUCCUCGAAUCGAUACUAGUGACAUGUGAACAGUUCGUUGCCCAAGUGGAGAGAUGGGGAGGUGAUGUUCUGCCGGCGCUUUUGUUCGAAGGAAGUCUUCGGCCGGGCGAAGCGGGCGUAGGAGAUAUGGUGAAGGAGCGGUGGUCGACCGUGGCGGACAUCGACAAGACAUUACGCCAUCUGUUCGAAUCCUUCUACGAACAGUUAAACUCGUCGAUUUCGCAGCAGCCACUCACAUCUGGGCUAGAUACUUCGAGGAGUCUUUUUAUUGGUUCCAGCGUGGCAAAUCACUCGACUGUCAACUUCUCCAGAACGAUGAAGGGUUUAGACAAGCACGUGGGUGAUAGCAGGAGACACAUCGAGCGAUUGCUACUCCGGCUGGAUUUCAACGGAGGACUAUCGAAGCCCCGCAGCGAAGAGAGUGCAGAUAUUUUGAAGGACUUGUAG